AUGUCGCGAUUGACCUAUACACUCUAUCAGCAAUUUACGAUGAACUAUUAUGAUGUCGAAAUUGAAACAAAAUUCUGCUCGUUAAAAGUCGAUGUUAACAUGUUUUUCAUUCGCUUUAUUUUCUGGCAAGAGCAACAAAGGCGACCAUGUGACAUUGAUUUCAUAACCACAUCAGAAGAAAAAUUCGAUUCUUGCAACAGUAACAAUGAGAAUUCUUAUCAUCAGUUGUGUGACAGUAAGUCAUUUGUUUUUAUGUUGACUUUGUGA